AUGGACAAGUCUAUUCGUCCAUCUGUCCUCGAAGGUGGUUGUAAGUCAAUUGAGUUUCUUCUGAAGUUGUUCUUCUACUGGAAUGCUUGGCUCAAUGCAUGCGUGGCAGUAGAACGAGGAAUGAAUGUUUACAAAGGAGUGAGUUUUGAUAAGGAAAAGAGUAAACGUUAUGCUCGAUGGAUCACCUUCAUCUUACCGAUUAUGAUUGUGGGCGCGAUUAUUCAUGAACCACUCUACCGUCAUAUCUUCAAACGCAAAGUCACCCAUUCUCUAGAAGAAACCUCGAAAGACAGUUACACUUGGUGCAUAACUUCAUAUCCUCAAUCAGUUGAAGACUAUAACAGAGCCAUCCUAUUCAUUCAUCUUCUUGGGCCAUUUCUUGCAAAUCUCUUGUCGUCAUUGUCCAUCAUCAUUGGAAGUGCUCGACGACGAGCAGAAGCUCAGAGGCAGCAAUCCUAUCGACGGCACAUUCGAGAAUAA